AGGUGGAGGAUAACGUUAGGAGAAGAACGUUCAGCAGAAAAUGACCUCAGGAUUUCGGGUUUAAGUGAUCAUAAAUGUUGUAGGGUUACUAAGGUUUAGUUUGUUCUAGUAUUUCUGGCAUUUACUGUGAGGUAUCGGACUUACUGCGGUACGGAAACUGGCUUAACUUCUUGGGCUAGCAUUGUUUGUGUGUGGUGAUCGCUUAGUCCCACCAUCUGAGUUAGAGGAGUGCAUUGGGGUAAGGUAUUUGUAACUUGUGUCCUCAGUGAUUAAGAAACUACUAGUAGUAGUGGCAUGACCAUAUUAAGAACGAACCUGCUAAGAGCUGUUGAGUUGUAUAGGAAAUGCUCUGCUGGUUUCCAGUAGGUGAUUUUUCUACACUGUGUCAUCAUGACAAGUAUAUGUGGUUCUUUUUAGGACCUGACUGCUAUAUAUGAAUAAAUAUAAAGUUAUAUAUUUGAAAAUUUUUAACUUUGUCUUUGCUGUUAUGUGAAUUUGUUUGGUGAAUUUCAGUUGUGCUGAAUGAUGCCCUAUGUUUCAAGUAUCAUUGGAUUUACCUAAAUAAGAAAUUGCAGUACUCUUAAAUUAAGUCAAUGUAAGAAAACUGGAUCUUCAUUGUUUGAGAAUCUGAAAGCUUAAACUGAUUUAAAUGGAUGCAAUUUCUUUAUUACAAGAUCUUGCCUUUAGUUAUUUACUUGAUCACAAGCUGUCAGAUUCAUCUAUCAGCCAAAGAAGUUCUGCCUGUAGAUUAAACAGUUUUGCAUAUGUAUCAGUAACAAGGAAAUUAAGUGUGUAAAUCCGUUCCAUAGGACGUUAUGUAAAGGUGACUCCCUUAAACCUCCUAGCUAACAUUACAAAAGAGCUUACACUGAGAUUUUAGUGUUUCAGUUUGUGUAGUUUCUGUUUGUAUAGACAUUACAUGCACAUCAUUUUGUGUAUUUUGAAACAUUCUUCUCUUUCUUACAGGUUUUGUUCCACUCAAAAGAAUUAAGUGAUUGAAACUAUAGAUACUUACAGUUUCUUCUUGUGAACAGUCAGUAUCAAUAUGGAGGCGUAGGCACUUUAGAGGGACUUCAGUCUUAACUCUGGGAGGUAGUUUUGUGCACAAAUAAAGAAACUAAGGCUUCAAAAAAAAUUUUUUUUUAAUUUGAGGAUUCUGUUUGCUUCUGUAUGCCAUAAAGAUGGCACACAGGAAAAACUUAAUUCAACAGUAUAAAGUAUUAGAAUGUCCCGACACAAGGCAAUUCAUUUACGUUAAAUUUGUUAACUCUAUACUGGUAACUAAGGCACCAGGUUAAAACUGAAAUUCCCUGUUCAGUCUGUGCUGACAAUGUUAUAGACAGAAAAGCCUGGGGCUAUUCCAGGCUUGUUAAUUAAGACAGCUCACCCUGUCAGUGGCAGUGUAUAGGAUUUAUUUUUCUCAUAGCUGUAUAGUCAAUAUAUGUGAAGUUGAAUAUAAAUUAACUUUACAACAACAAUAUUUACAUCAACUUCUUUAUUCCAACAACAUGCAGAAGGUGAGCUGAGUUCUUUGGACAUCUAGUAGUAGCAAAUACACCAGAUCAGUUCCAUAAUGUCAGUUCAGAGGUGCUUUUUUUGGUGUGCCUUUUGGAGCUGAUAAACCGUUAUUUUCAGCCUCUUAAUGAGGUUUACAAACUAAAAUCUUAACCUGAGUAUAAGCUGCAUAUUUAUCAGCUGUCUAGGGUGAAAUAGUUCUUAAAUUACUUAACAUAUGUUCUGGUUAGAAAUGACUUUUUUUUUUCAGUUGCCCCAUGUUUUAGUUUCUUUAUUAACGAAGGAUUUUGAUAAACCUAUUUGAGGUUUUUUUCCCCUCUGGAUCCCUCCUCAACUAGCCUGACAAAUUAAUACUGUGCCCCCAGAUACACUGUACCAGGAAAGCAUGUGAUGCCUGUAUGAUUCAAGGGAAGGUCCUUUUUGCCAUGCUUUCGUCAACUGUCAAAGUGGGAUGAGGCAGCUUUUACACUGAAAGCAGUUGCGGAAACUGAAGUACAAGAACUUCCCAAAUAUUUAAAGGCUGUUCAAUCAUGAAGCUAAUUGUAUUCACAUAUGCAUUCAAAGUUGCACAUUGAAGUAUUUAAUUUUCAGGUUCUUGCUUUUGUACAGGCAGGGGUUAUUCCAAAUUGCCUUUAAUGCACACAACUACCUCCCAGAGGAAGACUUGUCCCAUUCUUCCAAAAAUAGUCCAUUAUGAACAUAAUGGAAAAUAGCCCUUUCUUGGCUAGCAUCACGAAGCAGAGUGCUUUGUGCGGUGAACUGAAGUAUGAUCUAUCCUGUGAACUCUACAGAAUGUCAACGUUUUCUACUUUCCCUGUUAACGUGCCAGUGUCAGAACGGAGUCUUGCCCGGGCUGGGUUUUAUUACACUGGUGUGCAAGAUAAAGUUAAGUGCUUCAGUUGUGGCUUAACAUUGGACAGCUGGCAACCAGGAGAUAAUGCUAUGGAAAAACAUAAGCAGCUGUAUCCUAGCUGCAGUUUUGUUCAAAACAUGCUUUCAGUUAACAACCUUGGACUGUCUUCUCGUUCUGCCUUUUCACCUCUGGUCACAAGCAGUCUGUCACCAUCUCUACAUUCCAUAACACUUUCUCCAAAUUUAGAACAAGUUGGAUAUUUCAGUGGCUCUUUUUCCAGUUUUCCUCAAGACCCGAUAACUACGAGGGCAGUUGAAGACCUUUCAUUCUUGAGACCUAAACUUCACAAUCCUUCUAUGAGUACAGAAGAUGCUAGACUAUGCACUUUUCACUCAUGGCCACUGACUUUUCUCUCGCCCUCUGAUCUGGCAAAGGCUGGACUGUAUUACUUGGGGACAGCAGACAAAGUUGCUUGUUUCACCUGUGGUGGUCAGCUGAGUAACUGGGAACCAAAAGAUAAUGCUAUGUCAGAGCAUCGGAGACACUUUCCUAACUGCCCUUUUGUGGAAAACCUUACCCGAGACCAGCCAAGUUUCAAUGUUUCAAACGUGAGCAUGCAAACGCAUGAAGCACGUGUUAAAACAUUCAUAAACUGGCCAGCUAGAAUUCCAGUUCAGCCUGAACAGCUUGCAGAUGCUGGCUUUUACUAUGUAGGCCGCAAUGAUGAUGUCAAGUGUUUUUGCUGUGAUGGUGGGUUAAGGUGCUGGGAAUCUGGAGAUGAUCCAUGGGUUGAGCAUGCAAAGUGGUUUCCAAGGUGUGAGUAUCUGCUUCGUGUAAAAGGAGGAGAGUUUGUAAGUCAAAUUCAGGCCAGGUUUCCCCAUCUUCUGGAACAGCUCUUGUCAACCUCCGAUACGCCUGUAGAUGAAAACAUUGAUCCCCCAAUUAUUCAUUUUGAACCUGGAGAGUGUCAUUCAGAAGAUGCAAUCAUGAUGAACACACCUGUGGUUAAAGCUGCCUUGGAGAUGGGAUUCCGUAGAAGGCUAAUAAAGCAAACAGUGCAAAGUAAAAUCUUGGCCACUGGAGAAAACUACAAGACUGUUAAUGACCUUGUGUCUGAUCUGCUCACUGCUGAAGAUGAAAAGAGAGAAGAAGAGAAAGAGAAACAAUUUGAAGAAGUGGCAUCAGAUGAUUUGUCCUUAAUCCGAAAGAAUCGUAUGGCUUUAUUCCAACGUUUAACAUGUGUGCUUCCAAUCCUUGGGAGUUUACUAUCAGCUAAAGUGAUAACGGAACUUGAGCAUGAUGUUAUUAAGCAAAAGACUCAGACACCACUGCAAGCAAGGGAACUGAUAGAUACAGUUUUAGUGAAAGGAAAUGAAGCAGCCAGCAUAUUCAAAAAUUGUCUACGAGAUUGUGACCCAGUGCUGUACAAAGAUUUAUUUGUGGAGAAGAACAUGAAGUAUGUUCCCACAGAAGAUGUUUCAGGUUUACCUAUGGAAGAGCAAUUAAGAAGGCUGCAAGAGGAAAGAACAUGUAAAGUUUGCAUGGACAAAGAAGUUUCUAUUGUUUUUAUUCCAUGUGGUCACUUAGUGGUAUGCAAAGAAUGUGCACCAUCCCUUAGAAAAUGCCCUAUUUGCAGGGGGACAAUAAAGGGUACAGUUCGUACUUUUCUUUCAUAAAGAGGGGAACUUGCAAAAUCUUUGUUCCUGUCAUCCUCCAACUGCUGAAGCUUAAGGCAGCAGUGUCUUAAGAAUGGAAAAUUGUGGUCCAGAAGAUGAUUAAUCAACUACCUAACAACAUUGUGUAAUAGUAAACUGUAUAAUUGUUAUGAGUAUACUAGCUUUUCCUUGCCAAAGACUAUUUCUGUUUGUAAAACUAACUCAAUACUAAGGUGAAGUUUUUGUAGCUUUCCUUUCUAAGGAAAGCAGUUUCACUAGUAUGCCCUUGUGUCACUUUGAAUAGAAAAACUUUCUGGUUGAAUUCCUGAAAUGAAGCUUGGCAUAACUCUUCUCAUGAGUUUCCUCCUUGAGGAUGUGAGGAAAUACAUUGAUUGCUGUGUAUUAAUAAUUGAUAUUAAUUAACUUCAGUUACUGUUCUAGUUCUGGCUUGGCUUUUUUGUGGACUUGAGGAGGAAAGAGGCAAACUUGCAGGGACAGCAGGACUUCUUGUUAAGUUUUGUUCAUGUCUACCUACUUGUGUACUAUAUAUUAAUAAUAGUUUAUAUGAAGAUUGAAUUAAAAUAUUUCUACUUCUCCAGUGA